AGGGGGGGGAGGAUCAGACGAGCAUCUCUGCAGAAGGAGCAUCCCUGCAUCUCUCUGUCGCUGGUCCUGCUGCGCUCCCGUCUUCUCGCCCUUUGCUUCUCUCUCUCUCUUCUUUCUCUCUUCUCUUCUACCUCCCUCCUCUUUCUCUCUCUCCCUCUCUCUCCCCCCCUUCCUUCUACAUCUCUGUCUCCUUCCCUCCUUCCUUAACCCCUUUUCCCGGACUCCCAGCGACUCAGAUCCACCCAGAUGGGGUAGCUGUUCCUUAUGGGCAACGCAGAUGAGCAGCGCCCCCCGCUGCAGGAGGACUGAACUGCGGGGCUGAGCGAUGGCCAGUUUCCUCCAGCUCCUGCUGGCCUGGUUGGGAGGCUGCGGCUGUGCAGGCCGCCUCAUGCCGCCCAGCCAGGGGGCCAGAGCCGGGUCUCUGCGGGGGAACGUGUCUCAGCGCUGGGAGCGCCCGCUGAUGAGGUCCCGUCGCAGCUGGGUCUGGAACCAGUUCUUCGUCAUCGAGGAGUACGCCGGACCGGAGCCCGUCCUCAUUGGGAGGCUUCACACCGAUGUGGACCGGGGCGAGGGCCGCAUCAAGUACGUCUUGACCGGAGAGGGGGCCGGCACAGUCUUCGUGAUCGACGAGAAAACGGGCAACAUCCACGUCACCAAAACCUUGGACCGGGAGGAGAAAUCCCAGUAUACGUUGCUGGCCCAGGCUGUGGACCGGGCCUCUAACCGGCCUUUGGAGCCGCCGUCUGAGUUCAUAAUCAAAGUCCAAGACAUCAACGACAACCCGCCGGUCUUCCUCCAUGGCCCUUACCACGCUACUGUGCCCGAAAUGAGCAACGUGGGUACGUCCGUGAUUCAGGUGACGGCCCACGAUGCGGACGACCCGGCCUAUGGGAACAGUGCCAGGCUGGUCUAUACGGUACUCGAGGGGUUGCCAUUCUUCUCCGUCGACCCCCAGACGGGUGUGAUCCGGACAGCGACCCCCAACAUGGACCGGGAAACCCAGCAAGAAUUCCUUGUUGUGGUUCAGGCCAAGGACAUGGGGGGCCACGCCGGGGGUCUCUCAGGAAGCACGACCGUCACUGUCACACUGAGCGAUGUCAACGAUAACCCGCCUCGCUUCCCUCAGAGCUCCUACCAGUUUUCCGUGGUAGAGACUGCACCUCCUGGCUCUGCUGUGGGGCGGUUGCGAGCGCACGACCCCGACGAAGGGGAGAAUGCUCUGCUGGCCUACAGCAUUCUGGACGGAGGAGACGGGGCCGAAGCCUUCGCUAUCCACACCGAUGCGCUGGGACAGGACGGGAUCAUCACAGUGAAAAAGCCCCUCGACUUCGAAUCGCGCCACUCGUACACCUUCCGCGUGGAAGCCACCAACACGCUCAUUGACCCCCAGUACAUCCGCAAAGGCCCCUUCAAGGACAUGGCCACCGUCCGCAUCACGGUGGAGGACGCCGACGAGCCCCCGGCCUUCUCCCGCUCCGACUACCACCUCGCCGUCUACGAGAACAGCCCCCCGGGGACCCUGCUGGGCAAGAUACUCCAUCCUGCCGCACACGGACCCCGAGCGCUAUUUCAGCAUCAACCCUCAGGACGGGACCAUCCUGACCUCUGUGCCUCUCGACCGGGAGCUCUUGCCCUGGCACAACAUGACCGUGGUGGCAACGGAACUUGCCCCACACAGGCCUCCCACGUCCAAGUGGCCAUCCAGAUUCUGGAUGUCAACGACAACCCGCCCCAGCUGGAGCACAGCUAUGAGCCGUUUGUCUGUGACAAUGCAGCCCCCGGCCACGUAAGUGCUACCUGGGACAUGCUACGGGUAAUAACGCCCACCGGUUUGGCUAUUGGGGUGGAGCUAGGCGGCACAUAUUGUUAUAGGAAUGUACUAGAUAAAAUUUAAAAGAAAUAUACAGUAAUAUGAGUACAUUCAUUUGUAAAAAAAGGAAUAUACAACGGGAUAGACAUGUAGUCCAAUGUGUUGGUAGGUAUAUGAUUUGGGGGGGGGAUUGUCUUUGUUUUUUCCCUUUGUUUUUCUUUUCUUUUUUCAGAUAUAUAAGAUUUGUAUAUAAUCUCGGUAUGCAUGUUGGGAAAUAUAUUAUAAUAAGCUCUGUAAUGUAAUAUGACAAUGUUUACCAAUGUAAUGUAAGAAUGUUAAUAAAUAAAUAAAACUGGGAGGGGGGAUAGAUGGAGCCAGGCGAGGAGGUUGCAGCAUAGCUGUCAACUUUUCCCUUUUCUUGCAAGGAAUCCUAUUUGGAAUAAGGGAAUUUCCCUUUAAAAAAGGGGAAAGUUGACAGCUUUGGGUCGCAGCUUGGCUCCGUCACCCCUUUCCUUUCCCCUUCUCC